GGACUUGACGCCGGAAUGACGUCAUCGCUUCUUGCGAAGCAAGUCACGUAUGGCGAUAAGAUCCGCGGCGGCGCGCAUCGCUCGCUAGUGGAGGCCAACGCGAUGGAGGGAACGGCUCGUAGAACCCCCCGUUACUUCGGCGACGGCAAGGGUCGGGUCCUCAGCGAGGAGGGGAGAGCCGCCGAGAACGUCUACAUCCAGAAAAUGGAGAGGGAGCGGAUGGAGACGCUGAGGCGGAAGGCAGAGAAGGAGAAGGAGAGGCUGGAAGCCGGGAAGGCCGAGUCCGAGAAAACUACCGAGGAACCCCGUAAAAAAGGCUGAUGCGGCUCGGAAACACUUGGCUUUGUGUAGAGAGAGUGGUGGACCUAAAAUGUCUUGUGUCUGUUCAUAAAUAAGAGACAACGGUAUGUUGAUUUCUUUUUUGUGUUAAUAUGCAUGUGGUUUGUGAACUGUAAAAUGACAUGUUGUAAAUGCGAUGUUCAUUAUCAUCA